GAGCGCAGGCCAGCUCGCCCGGCCGCCCCCUGCCCCAGGCGCCGCCGCCGUGCUCUGGAGCCCAGCCCCACGCCCGACCUCCCCGGGCGGCGCGCCCCACUGCCCUCGACCCAGGUCCCCUCCCCGGCCCACACCCCGGGCGGCUGGCCAGCGGGACCAGGGGGCGCUCGGCACCUGGGCACUCCAAGCGAUGCGCAGCGGGGCAGCUCCAGCCCCGCCGAUGGAGCUGCUGCCGCUGCCGCUGCCGCUGCCGCCACCGCCCGGCGCGCCCUGCUCCGCCCGCGCCCCGUGCGCCUGAGCGCCGAGCUUGCCCCUCCUCCGCGCCAACUCCGCCGCGCGUUCCCCAGGCCGCCCGCGCUCCCCGCGUGCCUCCCGGGCUCCACGCGCCUCGCCCCGCCGAGGCAGCCUCCCCAGGGCAAGGGCCCCUGCACAGCAUGGCCCCUGGGCGGACAGGGGCCGGCGCCGCCGUGCGCUCUCGCCUGGCGCUGGCCUUGACGCUCGUGAGCGUCCUGAGCGGGCCCCCGGCCGCCGCCUGCCCCACCAAGUGUACCUGCUCCGCCGCCAGCGUGGACUGCCACGGGCUGGGCCUGCGAGCCGUUCCCCGGGGCAUCCCCCGCAACGCCGAGCGCCUUGACCUGGACAGAAAUAACAUCACCAGGAUCACCAAGAUGGACUUCGCUGGGCUCAAGAACCUCCGAGUCUUGCAUCUGGAAGACAACCAGGUCAGCAUCAUUGAGAGAGGCGCCUUCCAGGAUCUAAAGCAGCUGGAGCGAUUGCGCCUGAACAAAAAUAAGCUCCAGGUCCUUCCAGAAUUGCUUUUCCAGAGCACACCGAAGCUUACCAGACUAGACCUGAGUGAAAACCAGAUCCAGGGGAUCCCGAGGAAGGCAUUCCGGGGCAUCGCUGACGUGAAGAACCUGCAACUGGACAACAACCACAUCAGCUGCAUUGAAGAUGGAGCCUUCCGAGCGCUGCGCGAUCUGGAGAUCCUCACGCUCAACAACAACAACAUCAGCCGCAUCCUGGUCACCAGCUUCAACCACAUGCCAAAGAUCCGGACUCUGCGCCUCCACUCCAACCACCUGUACUGCGACUGCCACCUAGCCUGGCUCUCAGACUGGUUGCGACAAAGAAGGACAAUUGGCCAAUUCACACUCUGCAUGGCUCCUGUGCACCUAAGGGGCUUCAACGUGGCAGACGUGCAGAAGAAAGAAUAUGUGUGUCCAGGUCCGCACUCAGAGGCUCCAACCUGCAACGCCAACUCCCUCUCAUGCCCUUCUACCUGCACUUGCAGUAAUAAUAUCGUAGACUGUCGAGGAAAGGGCUUGACCGAAAUCCCUGCCAACCUGCCAGAGAGCAUCAUUGAAAUACGCUUAGAACAGAACUCCAUCAAAUCCAUUCCUGCAGGAGCCUUCACCCAAUACAAGAAACUGAAGCGCAUAGAUAUCAGCAAGAAUCAGAUAUCGGACAUAGCUCCAGAUGCCUUCCAGGGCCUGAAGUCUCUCACAUCGCUAGUUCUGUAUGGGAACAAGAUCACCGAGAUCGCCAAGGGGCUGUUUGACGGGCUGGUGUCCCUGCAGCUACUCCUCCUCAAUGCCAACAAGAUCAACUGCUUGCGCGUGAAUACCUUCCAGGACCUGCAGAACCUCAACUUGCUCUCCCUGUAUGACAACAAGCUGCAGACCAUCAGCAAGGGGCUCUUUGCCCCUCUGCAGUCCAUCCAGACGCUCCACUUAGCUCAAAACCCGUUUGUGUGUGACUGCCACUUGAAGUGGCUGGCUGACUACCUCCAGGACAACCCCAUCGAGACAAGCGGGGCCCGCUGCAGCAGCCCACGCAGGCUGGCCAACAAGCGCAUCAGCCAGAUCAAGAGCAAGAAGUUCCGCUGCUCAGGCUCUGAGGACUACCGCAGCAGGUUCAGCAGCGAGUGCUUCAUGGACCUCGUGUGCCCUGAGAAGUGCCGCUGUGAGGGCACCAUUGUGGAUUGCUCGAACCAGAAGCUAGCCCGCAUCCCAAGCCACCUUCCAGAAUAUGUCACCGACCUGCGACUGAACGACAAUGACAUAUCUGUCCUGGAGGCCACCAGCAUCUUCAAGAAGUUGCCCAACCUGCGGAAAAUAAACCUGAGCAACAAUAAGAUCAAGGAGGUGCGAGAGGGCGCCUUUGACGGAGCGGCGGGCGUGCAGGAGCUGAUGCUGACGGGGAACCAGCUGGAGACCGUGCAUGGGCGCAUGUUCCGCGGCCUCAGCGGCCUCAAGACCCUGAUGCUGAGGAGCAACGAGAUCAGCUGUGUGAGCAAUGACACCUUCGCCGGCCUGAGCUCCGUGAGACUGCUCUCCCUCUAUGACAACCGGAUCACGACUAUCACCCCCGGAGCCUUCACCACACUGGUCUCCCUGUCCACCAUCAACCUGCUGUCCAACCCCUUCAACUGCAACUGCCACCUGGCCUGGCUCGGCAAGUGGCUGCGAAAGAGGCGCAUCGUCAGCGGGAACCCCCGGUGCCAGAAGCCCUUCUUCCUGAAGGAGAUCCCUAUCCAAGAUGUGGCCAGCCAGGACUUCACCUGCGAUGGCAAUGACGAGAGCAGCUGCCAGCUGAUCCCACGCUGUCCAGAGCAGUGCACCUGUGUGGACACAGUGGUGCGGUGCAGCAACAGGGGCCUCCGCACCCUCCCGAAAGGCAUGCCCAAGGACGUGACCGAGUUGUACCUAGAAGGAAACCAGUUAACGGCGGUGCCCAGAGAGCUGUCUGCCCUCCGACACCUGACACUUAUUGACCUGAGCAACAACAGCAUCGGCAUGCUGACCAAUUACACCUUCAGCAAUAUGUCUCACCUCUCUACUCUGAUCCUGAGCUACAACCGGCUGAGAUGCAUCCCUAUCCAUGCCUUCAACGGGCUGCGGUCCCUCCGAGUGCUAACCCUUCAUGGCAACGACAUUUCCAGUGUUCCUGAGGGCUCCUUCAAUGAUCUGACAUCUCUCUCCCACCUGGCACUGGGAACCAACCCGCUCCACUGUGACUGCAGUCUGCGUUGGCUGUCGGAGUGGGUGAAAGCAGGGUAUAAGGAGCCUGGCAUUGCCCGCUGCAGCAGCCCCGAACCCAUGGCAGACAGACUGCUGCUCACCACUCCCACCCACCGGUUCCAGUGCAAAGGCCCUGUGGACAUCAGCAUUGUGGCCAAAUGCAAUGCUUGCCUCUCCAGUCCGUGCAAGAACAAUGCAACGUGCACCCCAGACCCCGUGGAGCAGUACCGCUGCACCUGCCCCUACAGCUACAAGGGCAAGGACUGCACCGUGCCCAUCAACACCUGCAUCCAGAACCCCUGUCAGCACGGAGGCACCUGCCACCUGAGUGAGAGCUACAAGGAUGGUUUCAGCUGCUCCUGCCCCCUGGGCUUUGAGGGGCAGCGGUGUGAAAUCAACCCAGAUGACUGCGAGGACAAUGACUGCGAAAACAAUGCCACCUGUGUGGACGGGAUCAACAACUAUGUGUGUGUGUGCCCACCGAACUACACAGGUGAGCUGUGUGAUGAGGUGAUUGACCACUGUGUGCCCGAGAUGAACCUCUGUCAACACGAGGCCAAGUGCAUCUCCCUGGACAGAGGAUUCAGGUGUGAGUGUGUCCCUGGCUACAGCGGGAAGUUCUGCGAGAUAAACAAUGAUGACUGCGCUGCUCACAAGUGCCGCCACGGGGCCCAGUGUGUGGAUGCAGUCAAUGGUUACUCGUGCAUCUGCCCCCAGGGCUUCAGUGGGGUCUUCUGCGAGCACCCCCCACCCAUGGUCCUGCUACAAACCAGCCCUUGCGACCAGUACGAGUGCCAGAACGGGGCGCAGUGCAUCGUGGUGCAGCAGGAGCCCACCUGCCGCUGCCCACCGGGCUUCGCCGGGCCCCGGUGUGAGAAGCUCAUCACCGUCAACUUUGUGGGCAAGGACUCCUACGUGGAACUGGCAUCUGCCAAGGUCCGGCCCCAGGCCAACAUCUCCCUUCAGGUGGCCACUGACAAGGACAACGGCAUCCUUCUCUAUAAGGGAGACAAUGAUCCCCUUGCACUGGAGCUGUACCAGGGCCAUGUGAGGCUUGUCUAUGACAGCUUGAGCUCCCCUCCCACCACAGUGUACAGUGUGGAGACAGUGAAUGAUGGGCAAUUCCACAGCGUGGAGCUGGUGAUGCUAAACCAGACCUUGAACCUGGUGGUGGACAAAGGAGCACCAAAGAGCCUGGGGAAGCUCCAGAAGCAGCCGGCAGUAGGCGUCAACAGCCCACUCUACCUUGGAGGCAUUCCCACGUCCACAGGCCUCUCGGCCCUGCGCCAGGGCGCCGACCGGCCGCUGGGUGGAUUUCACGGCUGCAUCCAUGAAGUGCGCAUCAACAAUGAGCUGCAGGACUUCAAGGCCCUCCCUCCGCAGUCCCUGGGGGUCUCUCCAGGCUGCAAGUCCUGCACAGUGUGUAAGCAUGGCCUGUGCCGCGCAGUGGAGAAGGACAGCGUAGUGUGUGAGUGCCACUCGGGCUGGACGGGCCCGCUGUGUGACCAGGAAGCCCGGGACCCCUGCUCCAGCCACAGCUGCAACCAUGGAAAGUGUGUGGCAAGCGGGAGCUCCUACAUAUGCAGAUGUGCUGAGGGCUAUGGAGGGGCCUCGUGUGACCACAAGAAUGACUCUGCCAAUGCAUGCUCAGCCUUCAAGUGCCACCAUGGGCAGUGCCACAUCUCAGCUCGAGGGGAGCCCUCCUGCCUGUGCCAGCCUGGCUUUAGUGGGGAGCACUGUGAGCAAGAGAAUCCGUGUCUCGGGGAGGUUGUCCGAGAAGCAAUUCACCGUCAGAAGGGCUAUGCAUCAUGUGCCACAGCCUCCAAAGUGCCCACGAUGGAGUGUCGUGGGGGCUGCGGGCCCCAGUGCUGCCAGCCCAUCCGUAGCAAGCGGCGGAAGUACGUGUUCCAGUGCACAGAUGGCUCCUCAUUCGUGGAAGAGGUGGAGAGACACUUGGAGUGCGGCUGCCGCCCGUGCUCCUAAGCCCCGCUGCCCGCACGCCACCCACCGCCUCUCAGACUCCAGCUUGGUGGGGCUCGGGACAGCCACGUGGGACCCCGCUGAGGUUUAGAAUGAAGGCAAGAAAGCUGGAGAGGAAGAGAAAAGAAGAGAAUAUUAAGUAUAUUGUAAAAUAAACAAAAAAUAGAACUUAUUUUUAUUAUGGAAAGUGACUAUUUUCAUCUUUUAUUAUAUAAAUAUAUCACACCAUCUGAGUAUAUGUACCAUAUAGUGAGUUAUUUUUACUGAGUUUUGUUUUGUGAUGUGUAUUUUUUGUGUUUUUAUAAACAGCUGUUUUAAAAUUUUAAGACAAAAAAUGAUAAUAAAAAUGUUUUAAACA